ACCCCCAUUUUAAAAAGAAAUCGUCAGCGAUGACGCAUUGACGCUCUACAGCUCUUUCUGGUUUCACUCUCUUUAAUUUCCGGAGACUUUUUAAAAAAAAAUCUCGACCGUCCGAUUCGAGUUUUGCUGGUCAAGAGCUUCGAAAGCGAUCGUUAUAUUCGCACUUCUCUUAUAGAAUAUAAAAAGCACUUUUGCUAGAUUCCAGGGCUCUGUCGAUGCUCGGAUGCUUUCAUUCCGAACGAAAAAAAAAGAGGAAUUUAAGGAGAACCUGGAGCAGUGGAUUCCGUGCGAGAUUUGAGUCGGUUGGAGGAUUUGGAAGCGGAGUUUAGAGGUAUUGCUUUAUGAUGUCUAAAUAGGUGGUGAAUUGAACAGUGGUUAGAUGAUCUUCAAUAUUUAUGAAGGAAUAGACAAAUCAUACUUGCAAACAAGAAGAACCAAGUGAAAAUUCAAAUCUCAGUGGCAUUUUGCCAAAAAUCUCAUUUCAGUUGGAUGCCAUUGAGAUCAUAGAGACCUCCGAUACUGUAACCUCGGAGUUGUUUGUAUGACAAGAAGCAGUGAGUUUUUUGAAAGAAAAAAAUUGGCCCAAGUGAUGUGUCUGUAGAGAAAGUAAAUGGUAGAGAAGUGAUUCGAACUUGGGUCUUAAUAAAUGGCGUUUAAGCCACUGGUUUGGUACUGUCAGCCUGUGGAGAAUGGAUUCUGGUCGAAGGCAGUUGAGAAUGCCUUUGGCUCUUAUACACCCUGCGGCCUGGAUACUUUGGUGGUUUGCAUCUCCCAUUUGGUUCUUAUAUGUUUAUGUUGCUACCGGAUGUGGAGAAUCAGGAAGGACACUAGUGUCCAGAGAUUCCGUUUGAGGUCCCCUUACUACAAUUAUAUGUUGGGGCUGUUGACUGCUUAUUGUACUGCAGAGCCUUUGUUCAGGCUUGUCAUGGGCAUGUCGAUUGCAAAUCUGGACGGACAGACUAGCCUUGCUCCGUUUGAGAUAGUUUCUAUAAUCAUUAAGGCUUUUGCUUGGUGCUCUAUGCUGGUCAUGAUUGUUAUAGAAACAAAAGUCUACAUCCAUGAGUUCCGAUGGUAUGUUCGAUUUGGAGUCAUUUAUGUCUUGGUUGGGGAGGCUGUCAUGCUUAAUCUUGUCCUAUCCGUCAAAGAAUACUAUAACAAAUCUGUUCUUUAUCUGUACAUCAGCGAGAUUCUGUGCCAGAUUUUGUUUGGAAUCUUGUUGCUGUUUUAUGUUCCUAAUCUGGAUCCUUAUCCGGGUUACACCCCAAUCAUGAAUGAGGUGUCUAUUGACAACACAGAAUAUGAACAACUCCCAGGGGGAGAGCAGAUUUGUCCUGAGAGGCAUGUCAACAUAAUUUCUCAAAUAUUUUUUUCAUGGAUUACACCCCUCAUGGAGAAAGGAUCUAAAAAACCCAUCACUGAGAAGGAUGUUUGGAAACUAGACACAUGGGAUCAAACUGAGACAUUGUAUAACAGGUUUCAGAAAUGCUGGCUUGAAGAAACACGGAAGCCUAAACCAUGGUUAUUAAGGGCACUGCAUCGAAGUCUUGGGGGAAGAUUUUGGCUUGGCGGGCUUUUCAAGGUUGGCAAUGACAUUUCUCAGUUCGUGGGUCCAGUAGUUCUGAAUCUUCUCUUACAAGCUAUGCAACAAGGGGAUCCAUCUUGGAUUGGUUACAUCUGUGCCUUCUCAAUUUUUGCUGGAGUGUCGCUGGGAGUUCUAUGUGAAGCACAGUAUUUCCAGAACGUCAUGCGUGUUGGCUUCCGACUGCGGUCAACCUUGGUUGCUGCUGUGUUCCGUAAAUCCCUGAGGCUUACACAUGAGGGUCGCAGAAAGUUUGCAUCUGGGAAAAUAACCAACUUGAUGACAACAGAUGCUGAAGCACUUCAGCAAAUUUGCCAACAGCUUCACAGCUUAUGGUCAGCUCCAUUCCGUAUUAUUAUUUCUGUCGUUCUUCUGUACAAGCAGCUAGGGGUUGCUUCACUGAUAGGCUCAUUGAUGCUAGUCCUUUUGUUUCCCAUACAGACAUUUGUGAUAAGCAGAAUGCAAAAACUUUCCAAGGAGGGCUUGCUACGUACUGACAAGCGAAUAGGCCUUAUGAAUGAACUCUUGGCUGCCAUGGAUACUGUAAAAUGUUAUGCUUGGGAACAGAGCUUUCAAGCUAAAGUGCAAGUCAUUAGAAACGAUGAGCUUUCAUGGUUUCGAAAAUCACAACUGCUUGCAGCGUGCAAUAGUUUUAUCCUGAACAGCAUUCCUGUUGUGGUUACGGUGAUUUCAUUUGGGAUGUACAGUUUGCUUGGAGGGGAUUUAACACCUGCGAAGGCUUUCACGUCCCUUUCACUAUUUGCAGUGUUACGGUUCCCUCUGUUCAUGUUUCCUAAUUUGAUUACCCAGGUUGUAAAUGCACAGGUGUCAUUGAAACGUUUGGAAGAAUUAUUCCUAACUGAGGAGAGAAUUCUUUUGCCAAACCCACCUCUAGAGCCAGGCCUUCCAGCCAUCUCGAUCAAGGAUGGAUACUUUUCUUGGGAUACAAAGGCAGAGAAGCCCACAUUAUCAAACAUUAAUUUGGAUGUACCAGCUGGUAGCCUUGUUGCAGUUGUUGGUAGUACUGGAGAGGGAAAAACAUCAGUGAUAUCGGCAAUGCUUGGGGAACUACCUCCAAUGGCGGAUACCAAUACAAGUGUUUCUAUUCGUGGAACUGUAGCCUAUGUCCCACAAGUUUCAUGGAUCUUCAAUGCAACUGUGCGCGACAACAUAUUAUUUGGAUCCGUUUUCCAUCCAGCACGCUAUGAGAAGGCCAUAGAAGUGACUGCAUUAGCACAUGAUCUUGAGUUACUUCCAGGUGGUGAUCUCACAGAGAUCGGUGAAAGGGGAGUGAACAUUAGUGGUGGACAAAAGCAAAGAGUUUCCAUGGCUAGAGCCGUAUACUCCAACUCAGACGUGUACAUAUUUGAUGAUCCUUUGAGUGCUCUAGAUGCUCAUGUUGGUCGACAGGUUUUUGAUAAAUGCAUCAAGGAUGAACUGCGAGGAAAAACCCGUGUGCUUGUUACAAACCAGUUGCAUUUUCUUCCACAUGUUGACAAAAUUAUCCUGGUGCAUGAAGGUAUGGUGAAAGAGGAAGGAACCUUUGACGAGCUAACUAAUAGUGGUGCACUAUUUCAAAGAUUAAUGGAGAAUGCCGGGAAAUUGGAAGAACAAGAGGAAGAGAAGGAAGUAGGUGAAAACAAUGGGCCAAUGACUCAGAAACGUGUUGUUAAUGGAGAGCCUAUCAAGGAGGAUGGCUUGCUGACAAAUGCUACUGGUGGAAAGAAAGGGAAGGAAGGAAAAUCUGUUCUCAUCAAACAAGAGGAACGUGAAACGGGUGUUGUUAGUUGGAAGGUUCUUGCGAGGUAUAAAAAUGCGUUAGGCGGUGCUUGGGUGGUUGUGGUACUCUUUGGUUGCUACAUCCUAACUGAAGUUCUUCGAGUUAGCAGUAGCACAUGGUUAAGUGCUUGGACAGAUCAAAGCUCUACGAAAAGCCAUGGAUCUGGUUUCUAUACUCUGAUAUAUGCAGUUCUCUCUUUUUGUCAGGUACUAGUUACGUUGUUGAACUCUUUUUGGUUGAUCACUUCGAGUCUUUAUGCUGCCAGAAGGUUGCAUGAUGCCAUGCUUAACUCUAUAUUAAGAGUUCCAAUGUUAUUCUUCCAUACAAAUCCAAUUGGGCGGGUAAUCAACAGAUUUGCAAAGGAUCUUGGUGAUAUAGAUCGCAAUGUUGCUGUCAUUGUAAACAUGUUUAUGGGCCAAAUAGCACAGCUCCUUUCAACUUUUGUGUUGAUAGGCAUCGUGAGCACCGUCUCCCUAUGGGCAAUAAUGCCACUCCUGAUUUUGUUUUACACAGCCUAUCUAUAUUACCAGAGUACUGCCCGUGAAGUCAAACGAUUGGAUUCUAUAACUAGAUCUCCUGUCUAUGCCCAAUUUGGGGAAGCAUUAAAUGGACUAUCAACAAUCCGUGCAUAUAAAGCAUAUGAUAGAAUGUCUAACAUUAAUGGGAAUUCAAUGGACAAUAAUGUGAGAUAUACACUUGUGAACAUGAGUUCAAACCGCUGGCUAGGUAUUCGUUUGGAAGUAUUGGGAGGAAUCAUGAUCUGGUUAACAGCAACUUUCGCUGUCAUGCAAAACCAACGUGCUGAAAACCAGCAGGCAUUUGCAUCAACUAUGGGUCUACUUCUCUCUUAUGCAUUGAAUAUUACAAGCCUCUUGACAGCCGUUUUGCGACUUGCAAGUAUGGCUGAGAAUAGUCUGAAUGCUGUUGAGCGAGUGGGCACGUAUAUAGAGUUGCCUUCUGAAGCACCUGCUGUUAUCGAAAGCAACAGACCUCCACCAGGUUGGCCUUCAGCUGGGACUAUCAAAUUUGAGGAUGUUGUUCUGCGGUACAGGCCAGAGCUUCCUCCCGUUCUUCAUGGCUUGUCCUUUACAAUUUUGCCAAGUGAGAAGAUUGGAAUAGUUGGGAGGACCGGUGCUGGGAAAUCCAGCAUGCUCAAUGCUUUAUUUCGUAUUGUGGAACUGGAGAGAGGGAGGAUCUUCAUUGAUGAUUGUGAUGUUGCAAAAUUUGGUCUAGAAGAUUUGCGUAAAACUCUUGGGAUUAUACCGCAGUCACCUGUUCUGUUUUCAGGUACGGUCCGGUUUAAUCUCGAUCCAUUCAAUGAGCAUAAUGAUGCCGAUCUUUGGGAGGCAUUAGAGAGAGCACAUCUAAAGGACGUUAUCAGGAGGAACUCAUUGGGUCUUGAUGCUGAGGUUACUGAGGCCGGGGAGAAUUUCAGUGUUGGACAAAGGCAACUACUGAGUCUUGCUCGUGCACUUCUGCGUAGAUCAAAGAUUCUUGUCCUUGAUGAAGCAACAGCAGCCGUGGAUGUUCGAACUGAUGCUCUUAUACAGAAAACCAUAAGAGAGGAAUUCAAAUCUUGCACAAUGCUCAUUAUCGCCCAUCGUUUGAAUACAAUAAUCGACUGUGACAGGGUUCUUCUCCUCGAUGCUGGUCAGGUUCUAGAAUUCGACAGCCCAGAGGAUCUCCUAUUAAAUGAAGGAAGUGCUUUCUCCAAGAUGGUUCAGAGUACUGGAGCUGCCAACGCUCAAUACUUACGGGGCUUGGUUCUUGGGGACGGCGAGAGCAGAUCCAGGAGGGAAGAGAACAAGCACCCAGAUGGGCAGAGGAGAUGGCUGGCAUCUUCUCGCUGGGCAGCAGCAGCUCAGUUUGCGCUUGCUGUCAGCCUCACAUCAUCGCAUAACGACCUCCAACAGCUGGAGAUUGAAGAUGAGAACAGCAUUCUCAAGAAAACAAAGGAUGCUGUCAUCACCCUACAAGGUGUUUUGGAAGGGAAGCAUGACAAAGCAAUUGAGGAGACGCUGAAUCAGUACCAGGUCCCUAGAGAUAGAUGGUGGUCAUCUCUUUACAGAGUGGUCGAAGGUCUCGCCGUCAUGAGCAGGCUGGGGCGCAACAGGCUUCAACAACCAGAUUACGGAUUCGAAGAUCGAUCAGUCAAUUGGGACCAUGUAGAGAUGUAAUAUGUGAAAGAGAAGUAUCUUCUCAUAUCCAUCUGCAACAACAAUGACGACGACAGCAAUAGCAGGGAUGCCCAAGAAAAACUGAACCCAUUCGUGCUAAAAUAAUGCACGAUCCGGGCGGGCUUGUUCUUCACCCAAAAGUUCAACAUUGCAGUUGAAUGUUGCAUAACCAGAUGUGUUCAAAUAUCAUUGGCGGCGAGUAGUGAGUUCCCCACUUGAUCCAGUGGGGGCCAUUUUCCAUCACAGCAAUGUGAUUCAUCCACAGCGAACUUUCGCUACAGAUGUUUUUGCACCAGAUAAUUUAUAUAGAUUGUUAACGGUACAUGAAUAAUUCCUAGCA